GCCUCAAGUUCAAGGUUCAAACUCCACCGGGCUCCUGCUGCGGCUCCGGUGGCGUCAGGACCGAUGGUGGCUGCGCGGUGACAGGCACCGGUGGGCACCGGCUCCCGCUGCCGGCCCCGGUGGGGGCGCUUUGCCCGUGGUGGGACACAGGGGGGCAGCGCACGCACCCGGUGCCUCAGGCUCUGUUCUCUCCGCCCCGGCCAUGUCGGUGUCGAGCGCGUCGGACACCGAGAGCAGCCCCUGCCCGGUGCUGGGGCCCCGCAGCGCUGACACAGAGCCCGUGGAGGAGAAGGUCUGUGCCGUGUGCGGGGACCGCGCCACCGGGUACCACUUCCACGUCAUGACCUGCGAGGGCUGCAAAGGCUUCUUCAGGCGCUCCAUCAACAAGGGUGUCCGGUUCACGUGUCCCUUCGCCCGGAGCUGCCCCGUCACCAAGAGCAAGCGCCGGCAGUGCCAGGCCUGUCGCCUCCAGAAGUGCCUCGACGUGGGCAUGCGGAAGGACAUGAUCAUGUCGGAGGAGGCGCUGCGGCGGCGCCGGGCGCUGCGGCGGCAGCGGCGCUUGGCGCGGGCAGAGCCGGGGGGGCUGUCGGCGGAGCAGCAGGAGCUCAUCGCCAUCCUCAUCGCGGCGCACCAGCACACCUUCGACUCCACCUUCUCCCAGUUCACGCAUUACCGGCCCGCUGUUCGCCUUUACAUCCCCAGCCCGCGGCCGCAGAGCCCCCCCGAGCCCGGCGCCCCCCCGGCGUGGCCCGAGGGCGCGGACGAGGACGUGCUGCCCGAUGUGUUCUCCAUGCUGCCCCACUUCGCCGACCUCAGCACCUUCAUGAUCCAGCAGGUCAUCAACUUCGCCAAGGAGAUCCCGGCUUUCAGGAGUUUGCCCAUCGACGACCAGAUCACGCUGCUGAAAGGAGCCACGCUGGAGAUCUGCCAGAUCCAGUUCAACACCGUCUUCAACACCGAGACCAACGCCUGGGAGUGCGGGCAGCACUGUUACACCAUCCGGGACGGGGCUUUGGCCGGGUUCCAGCAGAUUUACCUGGAGCCGCUGCUCAAGUUCCACAUCAGCCUCAAGAAGCUGCAGCUGCACGAGGCCGAGUACGUCCUGCUCCAGGCUUUGCUGCUCUUCUCACCCUUUCCAGGAGAAGGUGGCGCUGACCCUCAAGAGCUACAUCGACCACCAGCACCCCAUGCCCCAGGGCAGGUUUCUCUACGCGAAGCUGCUGCUGCUGCUGACGGAGCUGCAGACGCUGAAGGUGGAGAACACGCGGCAGAUCCUGCACAUCCAGGACCUGUCCUCCAUGACGCCGCUGCUCUCCGAGAUCAUCAGCUAAACCCACCCGGCAUUCCCGGCAUUCCCACCGCGCUUCCCAGGCAGAGUAAAGCUCCUUUAUUUUUCCAGGCUCCGCCUGUGCCCAGAACCACGGGAGGGACCCCCGGCCCCCCCCCCCCCCCCCCGGCGGCUGCUCCUCAACCCCCCAAGCUGCCACCGGCCACCACGCGCCGCCCGUCCCCGUGUCCCCACGUCACCAGCGACCGGGCCCCCGGGCUCCGUGAGGGUCCCCCGGGCUCCGUGGGCUCCCCCGGCCCCGGCCCGGCGCCGGCGCAGCGGCUCCCUGCAGGGCACGUGCCCCCCUUCAACCCACGAUGACGCUGAAGCCGCAGUGGAAACGGUUCUUCCAGUGGUUGAGGAAGGCGCCCAGAGCCAGGGUGACGGGCAGGGGGGGCAGCUUCUUCUCCAGCACCCCCCCGACGCUCCAGUUACUGUCCAGGAGCCCUGUGGGGGUGUCGGGGGCACACGGUGAGCGCCAGGACGGUGCCGGGGCUGCCGGGGGCCGGCGCAGCGCCGGGCUCACCUCUGAAGACCACGUUGGCUUGCGGCAGGUUGAGCUGGUAGCCAAAGGCAAAGGUGGUUUCCUGCAGCCGCGUGUUGGCCUCCAGCUCCACCCCGACCUGCACCUGGGGACCGGGGGGGGACACGGAAACGUGAAUCCCAAGGGAUGGGGGGGGACACACGGGGAGGGGGACGCGGGGGGGGGACAGGAGCCGUCACCUGCUCGUUGGCACGGUGGUAGUAGCUGGCGUGGGCUCCGCCGUACCCCACGUUGAGCGUCGCGACCCACUUCUGAGCUGGAAGAGAAGCCAAGAGGAGGGCGAGGGGAGCCGGGGUGUCCCCAUGUCCCGCCCCCCCCCCGGGGCCAUCCCCGUGUCCCCACGUGCCGCCGUACCCGUGUAUUUCCCCGCCAGCGUGAGGAUGGCUCCUUCCUCCCCCGGCCGCCGGUGAUAAACCAUCUCCCCCCCCAAAA